UCAGAGUGUCUAGGUGCCGGCACUGUGUUUGUGAGGACAGCAAUACACAGAAGAAGAUUGUGAGACUUGCCACAGGACUAUGGGAAUACUGGCGCAGGAUGACUCCAGAGCACUGCUCAACGAAGGGCUGGACAAUGAGAUGGAAAUAUUUGGACACAGAACAGUACGAUGGCAGAAAGCCCUUUGCAUUGCAGGCUACAUAUUUUCUUUUGGAUUACUCUGGCUUUUGUUUUACUGGAAACCUGAUUGGGAAGUCUUGGCCUGCUGUACCCCAUGUACACUCCAAGAAGCAAAUGUUGUACUGCUCAGAGAAACGGAUGAGUUUAAAAGAUGCUCCAAAAAGAAGGUCCAAUGGAUCCAUAUCUCAGAACUGAGCUCCAGUGAAUUCUUACAUGAGGAUGAAAACUGUAUUAUCAGGAAAUCAAUCAUAAAGCCAGAACUGAAGGUUAGAUAUAUUUUGGUGCAGAAAAUCAAAUACGUCUGGUUAUAUUCAGAAAAACUCUUCCAAAAAGCUGGGACACUAGAAGAUAUUUACUCUUGUUCUCAGAUACACUCACGAUUUGGCUUAGGUUUAAGUAAAGAGGAGCAACAGUUAAGGAGAAUUAUCUGUGGUCCUAACGCUAUUGAAGUUGAGAUAACUCCAAUUUGGAAACUGCUCAUCAAAGAGGUAUUAAAUCCUUAUUAUUUGUUUCAAGUGGCCAGUCUUAGUUUAUGGUUGGCAGAAGGCUAUAUUGAAUAUUCCAUAAUUAUCAUAGUUAUUACCGUGCUUUCCAUCAUUCUGACUAUUUAUGAUCUUCGACAGCAAUCCGUAAAACUGAAUCGACUGGUGGAGUCCAAUAACAGCGCUGUGGUCACUGUGCACACUAGUGAUGGUGGUAAUGAGGAGAUGGAAUCUAGGCAUCUAGUACCUGGGGAUCUAAUAGUUCUUACAGGCAAAAGGUUUUUUCUUCCUUGUGACUGCAUUUUGCUAAGGGGCAGCUGCAUAGUGAAUGAAGGCAUGCUGACAGGAGAAAGUAUUCCAGUCACUAAGACUCCCCUUGAUCAAGUGACAGACUGCACCCCCUGGAAAAUUCAUAGUGGGGAAGAUUACAAAAGACAUGUGCUAUUUUGUGGAACUGAAGUGAUCCAGACUACAACAUCUGGCUCUGCUCCUAUAACCGCUGUUGUGAUGCAAACUGGUUUCAACACAGCAAAAGGAGAUAUGGUGCGAUCAAUUCUGUAUCCCAAGCCUAUGAAUUUCCAGCUGUAUCAAGACGCAUUUAGAUUCUUGAUGUGUCUAGUUGCUAUAGCUAUAAUAGGAUUUAUAUAUUCUGUGGUGACAUUAACAGUUAAAGGGGCAACACCACGAGAUGUUGCUAUCAAGUCAAUAAUUGUAAUUACCGUUGCAAUACCUCCAGUACUUCCCGCUGCAGUAGCAACAGCCCUCAUGUAUGCUCAGAAACGACUCAAGAAGAAAAAGAUAUUUUGCAUCAGUCCUCAGAGGAUCAAUGUAUGCGGGAGAAUAAAUCUAGUUUGUUUUGAUAAGACAGGUACUUUAACGGAAGAUGGCUUGGAUUUGUGGGGGGUAGUUCCAUCAAUUGAUUGCAGAUUCCAGAAAGUUCAUAUGUUUACAAAUGGAAAUAAUUUGCCUUGGUGCCCGCUUCUAGCAGCAAUGACAUGCUGUCACUCGUUGAUCAUUUUGGAUGGGAAAAUACAGGGAGAUCCUAUGGACCUCAAGAUGUUUGAAGGCACAAAUUGGGAAAUCGACCAAUCCUGUCAAGUGGACAGCAAUGAAAAUGUGACAAAAAAUCAUCAUCUUAUUGUAAAGCCUGGAGUUAAUUCUGAUGCAACUACAGUCGAUGGACUUAUCAUACUACAACAAUUUCCAUUCUCCUCAAGUCUCCAGCGUAUGUCUGUGAUAUCACAAGUUAUAGGAAGUAAUGAACACUUGGUUUUCAUGAAGGGAGCUCCAGAAAUGGUAACAAACUUUUGCAACCCUGAAUCAGUUCCUGAAAAUUUUUCAAGUGAGCUCCAGCUAUACACACUCCAGGGCUUCAGAGUGAUAAGUCUAGCAUAUAAAACAGUACAAUGCACAAAGGAUAUGAACACAGAGAGUUACACAAGGGAGGAGGUGGAAUCAGACCUGAUAUUUCUUGGUCUUCUGAUACUUGAAAAUCGGUUGAAACCAGAAACUAUCCCAGUUUUAAGGGAGAUGAACAAUGCAUUAAUCCGGACUGUUAUGAUUACAGGUGAUAAUCUUCAGACAGCAGUAACUGUUGCAAGAAAUUCUGAUAUGGUCCAAAAAUAUACCAAAGUGAUUCUGACUGAAGCAAGUGAGCCAACUGACAACAGUCCUGCAUCGAUUACAUGGAGAGAGAUGGAAAGGGCAGAUGCUAAUGAAAUAGCUGUGAUCGACAUUGAUAGAUGUAGUAACGAGAAUACCAGCUAUUGUUUUGCCAUGAAUGGGAAAACUUACCAGGUUAUAGAACAACAUUUCUACAGUUUACUGCCAAAGCUUUUACUGAAUGGUGCCAUUUUUGCAAGAAUGUCCCCAGGCCAGAAAUCCAAUCUAAUAGAAGAGUUUCAAAAAAUGGAUUACUAUGUGGCAAUGUGUGGAGAUGGAGCCAAUGACUGUGGAGCUUUAAAAGUGGCACAUGCUGGUGUAUCUCUUUCUGAGCAAGAGGCAUCUGUGGCUUCACCGUUCACAUCCCAAACAACAAAUAUUCAAUGCAUUCCUGAACUUAUUAAGGAAGGUCGGGCUGCUCUGGUCAGUUCUUUUGCUGUCUUCAAAUAUGUAACUCUGUAUGCAAUGAUACAAUUUACUUGUCUGCUCCUGCUCUACUGGCAAUUGAAAACAGUGGGUCUGUAUCAAUACCUUCUUCAGGAUGUGGGAGUGACAGUGCUGGUCUGUUUGACAAUGAGUUUAACACAGGCUUAUCCAAAACUGGCGCCAUAUAGACCUCCAGCACAGUUGAUAUCACCCCCUCUCCUGUUAUCCGUGAUGUUUAAUGUUCUCCUCAAUGUGGCCAUUCAGAUCUGUGCCUUUGUACUAUUACAGAAACAGCCAUGGUACAGCACAUCUAACUACAGUGCAUGUAUAACCAGAGAUAAUGACCUCAACUUCACAAAUGGGAGCACUGCAGAAUUUCAAGAAUAUUCUAUAUAUGAAAAUUAUGAAUCCACAUCAUUGUGGUCAGUAACAACUAUUAGCUGCAUAAUUGUUGGCUUUGUCUUCUCCAAGGGAAAACCAUUCCGAAAACCUAUAUAUACCAACUAUAUUUUUUUCAUUCUCCUGCCAAUACAAUUAGCACUUUGUAUCUUUAUUCUAUUUGCUGAUAUUGAGCGCAUGUACAGAGCCUUACAACUCCUCUGUACUCCCACUAUUUGGAGGGUAGCGAUUCUUAUCCUGUUGAUAAUUUUCUUUCUAAUAUCUUUCAUUGUUGAGGAAUUGGUUAUUGAAAAUAGACGACUUUGGCUGUUUCUAAAAAGAACCUUCAGGUACCAGUCUCAUAGCAAGUACAGAGAAUUAUACAGAGCUCUUCAGAAUGACCCCAGCUGGCCUCCUGUCAGUAUAACAAAAUACGCUGAUGUGCUGGAUGAAGAACAUCAGGGAGCUUUCUAUACUAACCCAUGCUACAAGUCUGAUGAAAAGGAAUAAGUGGAUAAUGACUGAAAUGUAAACUGGAAUAUAGAAUAAUUAUGGAUAUUUGUCAUAACGUACAGUACAAAAGCAUGACUGUGACACUGCACAUACAAGUCCUUUGAAAGAUACUUUUAGCUGACGCAGACUGAGAUAUUUGCUAUGCUUAUGGCUUCUGGCGACAGU